AUGGACGAUGAGGACUACCCCAUGGAAGAGGAAGAGUCUGUUGUCAUUACGACAGAAGCAACAGACCUGAGCGAAGACCAUGCCUCAAGCUCGGUUGCUCCAUCUAGGCAAUACAUGUCUAUGAACUCUCAUAUCAAGAGAAGAGGAGAACUUCCAAUUCACAACCAGUCCAGAGUUCCAUCAAGAUUGCCAUUCAGUCUUCAACAAAGCCAUGGUAGUUCUAGCCGUUCGGUAAGAUCAUCAGACGGUUGGCCCGAUGAGAUGGACAUCAGACAGCCGGCACCUCAACGUCACACAAGUCCCCAAGUGAGAAUACCGCCGCGGCCCCGGUCUGAUGUCGUGCCAUAUGCGACCUCAAAGACCGGCUUGGUUUACGAUCCUCGUAUGCGUUUCCAUACAACCUUUCCAGAGCAAGAGAUUGACGAAGACGGCCAUCCUGAGGAUCCACGCCGUAUACAUGCCAUUUUCGAAGAGAUAAAGCAGGCUGGGCUUGUGCGAGGCCAUGAGAAUGCGGAUGAGGACGAAAGGGAAGACCAUUGCUGGAGAAUCGGUAUACGGCCAGCGACAAAACCCGAGAUUCUGCUCGUUCACACGGAAGAACAUUACGCGUUUGUGGAGUCAUUACAACACAUGACUGCAAGCCAACUCAUGUUUGAAGCUAGCGAACUGGAUUCUAUCUAUCUCAACCAUUCUACGUAUGAAUCCGCAAAACUUGCGGUAGGUGGUGCGAUUGAAGCAUGCAAAGCUGUUGUCCAAGGUGCAGUGCGCAAUGCGAUCGCUAUUAUUCGCCCCCCAGGACACCAUGCCGAAAGCAGCAAGCCAUCUGGCUUCUGCAUUUUUAACAAUGUUCCAAUUGCGACUCGCGUAUGUCAAGAGGCUUUCCCAAACACUUGUCGAAAGGUGUUGAUCUUAGACUGGGACGUCCAUCAUGGGAACGGUAUUCAGCAUGCCUUCUACAACGACCCAAACGUGCUUUACAUCUCUUUGCAUGUUUAUCAAGGCGGGCGCUUUUAUCCUGGCCUGGAGGAUGGAGAUCUUAACUUUAGUGGGGAAGGCCCUGGGGAAGGCAAAAAUGUCAACAUCCCAUGGUCAGACACCGGGAUGGGUGAUGCCGAGUACAUAUACGCGUUCCAGCAAGUUGUCAUGCCCAUUGCCAGCGAAUUCGAUCCGGACCUAGUCAUCAUCUCCGCGGGGUUCGACGCAGCUGAAGGUGAUACCCUUGGUGGAUGUUUCGUCACUCCAGCUUGUUAUGGCCAUAUGACACACAUGCUCAUGCGCUUAGCCAAAGGAAAGCUUGUUGUGUGCCUCGAAGGAGGCUACAACCUGAGAUCAAUUGCUCGUUCAGCACUAGCAGUUACGCGAGUGCUCAUGCUUGAACCUCCAGAUCGUCUGCGCGAGGACCUACCUCCACCAAAAGAAGACGCUGUCUAUACGAUUGAACAAGUCAAACGUCAACACUCUAAACACUGGAAAUGCCUAUAUCCAAAACACUUGGACAAAACCGAUCCUGGAUUUGAUGAUGCUUUUCAUCUACACGAGGUUAUAAGAGAAUGGCAAAGCCAACGGCUGUCAAGGGAGCAUGCGAUGACACCUCUGCCGCUCCAGAUCAAUAAGGCAGGCUUAGCGCAAACCUUUGAGCACAACGUGAUCGCCACGCCAAACUUCACGGAUCGCCAUCCCCUUUUGAUCAUCUUCCAUGACCCGCCAAGUUUCCAGGAUCAUCUGGACCCUAUGACAGGUCAAAGAGAACUGCAUAACACCUGGCUUAGGUACGUCGAUUGGGCGGUCGUCAAUGGCUUCCAGGUCAUGGACGUGAACAUUCCGAGAGUUGUCUCAGUUGAAAAUGAGUUUGGAUACACAAGGUCAGACGAUUCUACAGUUCGAGCACACCAGACCCGAGAAUUGGCGACUUAUUUAUGGGAGAACUAUGUUGAACCCUACGAUGCAACACAAGUGUUUCUCAUGGGAAUUGGAGACGCGUAUUUGGGCUUGGUAGAUCUUCUCAGCCUUAACGAAAACUGCACGGAACCCGAUAGCCCGAUUGCAUGUCUCAUUGGCUUUGUAGCAGAAACCGCCAUCCAAUCCAUAAAGCGACCAACAGACGACACAAUCGCUAGUUGGUACUUUGAGCGAUCCAGAAUCUUUGUCAAAAACAGCCACUUCGCCUGGGAUCCAGCACGAGCAAAGAAACUGCGCAGAAAGCUAGGGAACCUUGUCAGAUCUCCGAUGGAGACCCUGGAUACUAUGCUCCGAGAGCACGAGGAAGAGGUGCAAAGCUUGCUAUUGAAGAAGAAGAGCGAAUACGCAGAAGACUACUUAACAUCCAGCGUUGCUGACGAGAGACCACAACCAACCGCAAAUGGCUUGCGGAGCCCUCUUCCGAUAAGCAGGGCGCAAACACCUAGAGGAGAACUAGGCGCCCGGCAUGAAGGGCCCACGAAUUCUGUCAAGGGACCGCCACGCGGGUUCUUCACUGUGCCGUCGCAGGCUCCGAAGAGCCCGUUGAAAAGAACGUUUUGA